AUAACGCAGAUGACACACGGACAUGGCUAUGCACGGGACUUAAGCACAGCCUUCAAAAUAAGCAUUAUAUAAGAGCAGUCACACACAUCACAUCGGCGAUCAGAAGAAACGGCAGUUGUGUGGAAAAACUUUGCUUUCUCGUGAACUGCGCGCGGCCCCGCUAUGAGUUCGCGUACUAAUAUUUCUUGUUUACAAGAAGCCAAACGGGUGGCUAUCUUCGGUGGCACGCAUGGAAACGAGAUGUCUGGCAUCGUGCUGGCAAAUAUGUGGAUACAGAAUGCAACGGAGAUCGAACGAAAAGGAUUGGUGUGCAAGCCGUUCAUAACCAACCCGAGAGCGGUGGAGAAAUGCACCAGGUACAUCGACACGGAUCUGAACCGAGCCUUCACGCCGGAGAAUCUCAGUGCUUCAGAAUUGGAAGCGCUGCCAUAUGAAGUCCAGAGAGCCAAGGAAAUCAAUCAGAUGUUCGGACCCAAAGGAGGCUCGGAUGCGUAUGAUGUCAUCUUCGACCUUCACAACACCACCUCAAACAUGGGCUCCACCCUCAUACUGGAGAGCUCAACAGACCUCUUCAACCUUCAGAUGGUGCAUUAUAUCAAAAAAGCUAUGGCCCCUCACACCUGCUCAGUUCUGCUCAAUGAACAUCCACAGCUGAAAUAUUCAACAACACGCUCGGUGGCCAAACACCCUGUCGGUCUUGAGGUGGGCCCACAACCACAGGGGGUUUUGAGGAGCAAUGUGUUUGAGUCUAUGAGGACGAUACUAAAGCAUGCGCUGGACUUCAUCGAGCUCUUUAAUAAUGGUGUAGAGUUUCCUCCAUGCACAGUAAAUGUUUUCAGAGUCCAGGAGAGAAUGGACUAUCCAAGAGACACCAAUGGAAACAUCACAGCCAUGGUGCAUCCGCAUCUACAGGACUGCGACUGGGAGCCUCUGAACCGGGGUGACCCAAUGUUCCUUACUUUCGAUGGGAGAACAAUUCUUUAUGAAGGUGCCAACACAGUGUACCCUACGUUUAUUAAUGAAGCGGCCUAUUAUGAGAAGCAGCAGGCAUUCGUGACCACUUGUAGGGAAAUACUAGCUGCCAAUGCUAUCAGAAAAGCUUUCAAGUAAUCUGUUCUCUUAUUAAAAAGAAUCACUAUGACGGGGUGAUAACACAGAUAGCGUGCUUCAUCUAAACAACAUUUUGCUAAUUCUUGAAAAUGACAAUAGAGUUUUAUUUGUUGUUAUGCCACAGAAUUAUUUAAGAGAACCUUAAAAAAA